CAGAGGGCGUUUCCGGCUCCGGCCGUUUGCCCCGCCACCUCCCUGGCGGGGAUGCUGGGGCUCGGCUGCAGAUUGAGGCCACUCGGAGCGCGACGUGGUGCUCGGGCCUCAGCCCGACUCUCUGCGGGCACCGAGAUGCCAAAAAAGGCUGGUGCGACGACCAAGGGUAAAAGCCAGAGCAAGGAGCCAGAGAGACCACUUCCUCCCUUAGGUCCUGUGGCAGUUGAUCCUAAAGGUUGUGUCACCAUAGCCAUCCAUGCCAAACCUGGUUCUAAACAAAAUGCUAUAACAGAUGUGACAGCCGAAGCUGUAAGUGUAGCUAUUGCAGCACCUCCAUCGGAAGGAGAGGCUAACGCUGAGCUCUGUCGAUACCUUUCCAAGGUCUUAGAACUCAGGAAGAGUGAUGUGGUUUUGGAUAAGGGUGGUAAAUCUCGUGAGAAAGUGGUGAAGCUUUUGGCCUCCACAACUCCAGAAGAGAUCUUGGAGAAAUUAGAAAAGCAAGUUGAAAAAAAAUAAAAUAUUCGCUCUGUUGUGGGGGUCUGGAACUGAACCUACCGUAUCGCCAAGGUACGCCUGUAAUUUAAUGUUAAUUAUCAUUUUUGAGAAGUUACUGAAUUAUUUUCUUCCUUGGAUGGUAACUGCAAUUAUCAAAUCUGGUAGUUCUUAUGAAUCUCCAAAGAUCCUUAGAAGAAAGAGGACCUGGAAGCUAUUUUGAGUAUUUGUAAAACCCUAUCAGGAACCAUAUCUAUGUUAAAGCUUCAGGAGCAAAUAAUAAGUAACUUGUUUUUAAAUAUUCAAUGCAAAUUAUAGUAAUUUGGUAAGGUAAAUAACAAUAAUUUAAUUACCUUUGCUGAUCAGAAGAGCUGUUUUGUGCUUUGUCUUAAGCACAUGAGAAAAACAUAUUGAUAGACAAAAUCUUUAAAACUACAAAAUCUGCAAGGAAGACCAGUAAUAAAACUUAAAAAAAACAAAACAAAAACUGAGAACCACUCAUCUCGUACAACUAUUAUUCUGUUGAUUGGACUCAAGGGAAAGAAAAGCUAGUGGCUUAGCAGGGAUCACAGCAAACAUUAAGGGCAGAGUGUGGGUUAUGCUCAGCUCUCUUUUCUCCAAAUCGUGAUGCCGUACUACCUCAGAUGUACUCUUGUUUCUCCUGGUCUUGGCUUAAGAACUUUUCCUAUUCUGUUCCAGUGUGUGCUUUAAAGGCAUUUUACUUGUGGUGUUUACAUGGAUCCCUGUUUGUUAGGAUACUUUCCCUGACAAGUAACAGAAACCCAACUCUGUCUGGCUUAAACAGCAAAAGGAUUUGUUAGCUCACUUACCUGGAAAGUCCAGAGGCAGGGUUUACUUAGGGAUCAGUCUGAGUCAGCAGGCCAGUGCUGUCCUUAAGAACCAACUUUCUUUCCUUCUCCUGAGUCUUUGGCAGGGCCAGCUUCAUCCUCAGGCCUAGCUCCUUUACAGAGGAAAAUGGCAGUUGUUCCAGGCUUCACAUCUACAUAUCACCCCCUCCAGCAGGGAAAAUGUACUCUCAGAAGUACUGUGAGAAUUCUUUUCCACAGAAGCUCUCAAUCAGCUUCUCCUACAUCUCAGCCCAGAUUUGGUCACACGCAGUUUGUAACCAGCUGCUCUUAGGGAAUGACAUGCUAUAGCACAAGUUAGCUAAACCAGCGCCAGGGAAAAGAGAAUUACCCUCGCUGUUUGAGGCUGUAGUUAAAGCCCGUCCCAGAGCCGGAUUGAGGUCAGCCUACUCAGAAGCGAAUAGAGAGGCUCCUAAAUAAGAACUGGGAAGAGCUAUGGAGAAAGGUGUGGAUACUGGAAGCAGUCAACAAAUAUCCAUUAAAAUAAUCUAUCUACUUCAUUUUAAAUGGCCAUAUUUUAACAGGAACUUUCUGGCCUAAUAGGUUUAUUUUGAGAACGUACAGUAUCUUUCAAUUAAGAAGACAUACCCAGGGACACGUUCUCAUCAGAAACUUGCUGGAGGUGGGAACGAGCUCACCAGUUCUAUUUGAGGACCCGAUUUCCCUUUUUUCCUCAGCAAACAGCCUUUAGCCGUCUAAUGCCCCCACACAGAGAUAUUUCCCACUAGUGACAAUCACACCUAAGGCCUGGGCAUGUUGACCUGCUGUGGAAUUGUAGUUAGUGCAAUUUUUUUCAGCUUGGGACCAAGAAUAUUGAGGCAAGCCCAGUGACCUCGGGCUGAGGACAUAAAACUCCAAGUCCUAGACAUUUAUUUGUCUAAUAACAUGAUUCUAGCCCAACCCCAUUUUAAGUGAAUACCAGCACACAGUGCAUAAAGUAAGCCGAUUACACGGCCUUUUUUGUCCUGUGCUGUCCUGAGGGUCCAGCCUUGAGGCAGCCAGUGAAUGAGGUCUGAAAGGUACUUUUCCAGCUUUGGCGAAUAGCAUCAUGGUGAUGUUCUAGCACUGUAAUGCAUGAUCGUUACUCCUGCAGAAAUGAUUUAUGAAUAACUUAUUAAUAACUUGGGUUAAACACUGUUAGGUACCUUGCCUACAUUGACAGAACCUUUGGAAGAAAAACUGGGCUCAUCUUGCCCCUGGAGCAGAGAACCUGGACUCCUGAUGCCUGUGGGCCACUCCCCACUCCAUUGCCUGCUAGGGAAUGGAGAGAGAACCAGAGGUUAUAGGUGGUACCUUUGCAGUGUUUGAAGUUCCAAACAGCUAAAACCUCACAGACUUUAGGAAGCAGCUCUUCUCUGGGCUGUGGGCUACUGGCAUCCCCCCUUACAAAUUCUAGGGACUUUUUUUGAAGUACUUACUUAAUUGUAAUGCAGAAUAUAAAUUUUGGAACCCACAGGGCCCUCACUUCAGAUUUUUUUUGAUGCACGUGACUAGAGACUUAAAAUUUUAAGAAGCUGGAUUUUCAGUUUACAUCCAGCAGAUGGCACCAUACAUAAUGUGAAAGCCGAGAGCCACACAAUUUGAAGGAGCUGAGCUGUACUGUAGGUGUAUCCCUCCUGCAGUGCCUGAUACCAGUGAUCUUUCUUGUCUUCUCAGAGACACUCGUGAGGCUUAGUCCCCUCGUACCCCGAGUUUAGCUCAGGCCAGAGUGCAGGACAAAUGCAGGCCAGCUGGGCACUCAGGAGUCCAGGGUCAGUGCCAUGGUGGAGUCAGCACGGGCCCAGGUGCCUCCCUGAACUCUGCAGAACCCCCCUUUAGUCACUGUUUUUGAAAAUGGACUUGAGCUAGACAAUUGACAGGAACUAGUUUCUAAACAAGAUGCCAAUUUAUUAAUUUGAAGGACAUGCCUGCCAACUGGGCUGUAUAGUGGGAUCCUCUAGUGAGCACAUUCUGUCCCUUUGGGGAAUCUCUUCAAGAAGCUGGCCAUCAUUCGAAGCCCGCUCGGACACCUGGGGAUCAACCAGGGAAAUUAGGGGCCAGGGUUAGGGAGCUUUCACCGUCUGGAGCCCCAUUUCUGCUGCAGGGAUAGACCCGUUAGACCUUGGCUCCGAGAAGAUGACCUGCUCCUGCCCACACAGGCCUUCCUCAGUCCUUAUGAUUUCCAGCAUUUUAUAAUCCUACUUUAGCUGCGUGCCAUCUAGUCCCCUGGCUGUUAGAGCUUGUGCAGGGAGGAGUCCCCAAACUUUGCAGCACAAGUUACAGACUCUGUGGUCAUUUCUGCAUGAAACUCAUCUCCUCAUCCAUGAUGUGGUUUUGGUAUUGCGGUGGCUUUCAAAUUGUUUCCAAGCCUUUAACAUUUCCCCAGAGAAACCUUGGGGAUUAGAGCGAGUCAAGUCCACAGAACAACAAGCCUUUUGUCCCCUUCUAGAGCUGUGCUGCUAGCCACAUGAGGCUGUUGAGUACUUGAAAUGUGGCUAAUCAAAUUUAAAACUAAAAAAGAAAAGCAUCAUAGAAUUAAGGCCGUGUUGGAACAAGCAACAGAGAAGACACUGAAAACAUGGCAUGAGCCCCAGAGGGUGGGACAGAAAGAAAGAAAAGGAGAAGAAAAUGGCAGGUGUGGAAGUCAGAUAAAAGGGAAAAGCGCACAUAUAAUUGGAGUCCUGAAGGAAGAGAACCAAAGAAAUGGAACAGAAAAAGAGGAUUCAAAGGUGUAAUCAAGAAAAUAUUGGAGAAAUAACAAAUUUCCAGAACGAAAGGCGUUGCAAUGUCCCAGGUAAAACACUGGAAGAAGGAUCCACAAUGAGACACAACCUCGCAAAGUUCUCGGAUUUAAAAUAUAAAAGCCUAUGGCCAUCUAGACAAAAAGUUGAAGUGGGAGAGGGGAGACGCGUGUAUAUUCAUAGGUUGCGAACAGGACUGAACUGCUACAGCAUUUUUUAAAAAAUUGGCAGCAUUUGUUCAAAUUAAAAAUACAAGUCAUUUUAACCCAACAAGUCUACUUUUGAGACUACCCAGCGGAACACAAAAGUACCAAAGGGUAUAUGGACACAAGCAAUGCAGCGUUAUUAGAGGCAAAAAGGGAGAAACAACCUCAGUGUCUACCUAUAGGAAAAUAAUAUUGUCAAUGGAGAAUCCGUACUAUAGAAUGUUAUGUUAUUAAAAUUAAAUCAUUAGUUUUUAAUCUGUAACUACUGACCUGGAGUGAUGUCUGUUAUAUUCUGUUGCAUAAACAAAGAAUAAGAAACA